UGUGGGAUCUUCAAAGUCUCACAACCCUAUGGAUUUCCAUAGCCUGUUACAGAGAUAGCUUUACUAUUUUUUUACUAUCAUACCAAAAUGUGACAUUUUUUAUAAUUCAUUGGCCUGGUGGCACUUAACUGGGCCACUCUCAGGUCCCUCUGCUGGUCCCCUGGGCCAGAUAAAAUGGACUUCCUCUGUCAUUGGAGCAGUGUCAGCCAGAACAUUCAGUUUACCAUGGAGAUGGAAAGAAAAAGCAGCCUUCUUUUCAUGGACAUAACUGACAGGAGACCAGGUGGCUCUCAAACCUACCCAUUCUAAUCUGUGAUUUUAACUCUAGUUCUCACCUCCACCCAUCCAACUAGCAUGCCAUACUUUCCUUACUGGAGCACAGAGCCAGAGAACUCUCUGUGACGAGGACAGCCUGCCUGAUGAAGGACAUGUCGAGGCAGAACAGCUGCAGUGACAAGCUGAUACACAGAGCUCUCAUCCUUCCUGUUGUGGUUGGUCUGGGCUGACUUGCUUUCCUACCUUAUGCUGGGUGAGUCUGCAACUGCAAUAGCAGGGUGUUGUUCCAGCACAACAGCAGGUCAGAUGGCCUCUUGCCUAGGAAAAUCUCUCUCUAUAGCUUUCUUUGGCCAGUCAAGGAUAACUUUGGACAGAUGACAGCAGGAGUGUACAACAUCCCCUGUGAGUGUGCUCAGGUCUACACUGGACAGAGACACCAAAGUGAAGGAGCACCAUCAGCAUGUUUGGUUAGAUCAUUUGGACUAUUCAACCUUGGCGGAGCACAGCAUCAACUUGGGAGAUCGCAUCCAGCUCAUAAUACCAGCAUCCUAUCCACCAAACCUAUGAUCUGUACCAUCAGGGAGGAGAUUGAGAUUGUGCUGCAUUCCAUUAAUAUGAACAGGGAAGAUGGCUUUCACCUAAGCAAGUCUUGGAAAUUUAUCUUCUCCCUGAAAAAUCAUGGGAACCCUACCUCACAGGACUCUUUGGGCCCAGGAACGAAAUCGAGGACACCAGGGUAUUCUGUGCCGGGAUAGAAGGAUCAGGUCUUGAGGCAUACAGCGGUGUCGAGUGUUAA